AUGACCACGCCGGGUCACCAGCAUAUUAGUCAUGCCCAGUCAUCGGCCACAUUACCAUCGUUCCUGUACAAAUCCACCCAGGAUAGGAACAAGUUUUUUGCACAUGGUAAUUUACAUACUAUUGAAAUUAAAAAAUAUUUUUAAUUGAAUUUUCUUGGUAUAAAAAUGCAGCUUAAACGUCUGUUUAUAGCAGGUGGUCCGAAUAUGGAUGAGCCAAAAUUUUCAAAGUUGGGCAUUUUGAAUGGCUCAUUCAUAUUUGACCAAACCUGAUAUUAUCAUAAAUUAAAUCUUUCUUAUUUAAAAUCAUUUUAAAAAACAUUUUAAAGCCAAAUUUAAUCGCCCUAAAAUAGUCCGAAAAACUAUGCCGAAGCUUCAGGUUACCUAAUGAUUUGUUUGAACAUCUUUCAGCCAAAAUGUCUACUUUUAGUUAUGUUUUAGUCAUCUUUUAAGGCAUAAUUUAGUUUAUACUAUUUUUACACAAUGGCUAUGGCCGUAAGGCUCCCUAAGAAAGGUAAAAACAGCUCAUGUCUGCGCAUUGAAAUUAAAUAUACUGUAAUUUAUUAUACUGUACAAAUGAUUUCAGAAACAAUGACUGGUGAUCUUGGACUGAUAGGCUACGCUCUUACGUUUAUAUCUUACGUGUUAUGUAUAAUCACCUUGCCUAUAUCUGCUUGUUUUUGUAUAAAAGUAAGUUUUAAUUGAAAGUUUUUACCCUAUUCAGAUUUCCUUUUACUAUCCUACCCUGAUUUCUUUGUACUACCCUGUCCUGCUUUCUUCACCUUACCCUACUUUUCUGUUCUACUCUUCUCUACUCUACCAUACCAUUAUAUAAAUUUUUAGAAAUAUGCUUUUAGGUAGUUCAAGAAUACGAAAGAGCAGUAAUAUUCAGGCUGGGUCGGUUGUUACCUGGUGGUGCACGUGGUCCGGGUAUCUUCUUUGUAUGUCCAUGUAUUGACACCUACAGAAAAGUUGACCUUAGGGUUUUGUCGUUUGGUGUGCCACCUCAAGAAGUAUGUCUACAAUUAAUUUCUAAAUUUCAAAAACUUUUAGACCGGUUUUAUGAAAAAGUCAGUAGAAAUACAUAUUACAGUUCAUAUUACAGUAUACAGUUCACAAGGUAAAAAUAUAAAUUUUAAACGUACCUUCCGUUUAGAUCCUGUCCAAAGAUUCAGUAACAGUAGCCGUGGACGUUGUCGUGUACUUUCGAGUAUCAGAUGCCACGAUUUCAGUGACAAACAUCGAGGAUUCUUCCCAGUCUACAAAACUUCUUGCUCAAACUACACUACGUAACGUUUUAGGUACAAAAACGUUGGCUGAAAUGUUAUCUGACAGAGAAAUGAUUAGUCUACAGAUGCAAGCAACCCUCGACGAGGCUACCUUGCCUUGGGGUAUUAAAGUAGAAAGAGUUGAAAUGAAAGAUGUUAGACUGCCAGUCCAACUCCAACGAGCUAUGGCCGCUGAAGCCGAAGCGAGUCGAGAUGCUAGAGCCAAGGUAAGACUUUUGACGAUUUUUCUCGAAAAAAUUGCCAAAAAUAAAAUUUUGUAGUUAAACUAUUGCCUAUAGUAAGAUUUUCAUGAAGCUCAACUUUAUUAUUGUAGGUAAUCGCAGCUACAGGAGAAAGAAAUGCAUCUCAAGCCUUGAGUGAUGCAGCACAAGUUCUAGCUGAAUCACCAACAGCAGUACAAUUACGAUACCUACAAACCUUGAAUUCAAUAAGUUCAGAGAAGAACAAAACCAUUAUAUUCCCCUUCCCAAUCGAGAUGAUAAAAGCUAUAGGAAACAUGGGAAGGUAAGGUUAUUUUUUAAUAUAACUGUGACAAUCAUAGACAUAUCUUUUUUCUUAAAAAUAUAUAAAAAGUAAAAGAAUUCCUUCUUUUCCCUUAUUAGAUAGAGCUCUAAUACGUUUGCCUUUUAUCAUAAACUUAACCUAGCCUGUUUAGGAAGAAGAAGAGCUCAGUUACGACGCGAAAACUUGAUUAA